CCUGGCUACAACUUUAGAUUUGCCAGGUAUUACAAGCAGCCGGGUGGAAGGGAGGAAAGGACCCUGAUCAAAGCUUACGGCAUCCGUUUCGACAUCCUCAUCUUUGGCACGGCUGGGAAGUUCAAUUUCAUUCAGACGAUCGUGUACAUUGGAUCAGUGCUCUCCUUCUUCGGCCUGGCUCAGCAAACUAUCGAUUGUCUGCUCAAAACAGCUAGGUGCCCCUGUUGCAAACCUAAACUAGCCAAGAAGUAUUAUUACAAGAAAAAGUAUCAGAAGGUGCUGGGACCAAGAUGGCUGGAGUGUGGAAAGACUGUGUUGUACGUGACCUUUGUUGAUGAGCCUGGCAUCCUAAUGAUUGACAAAUUGCCAAAUAUCAGUUUGCAGACCAAUAAGGGCAGGAUUAUUGAGAAGCACCAAGGCGAUUUCAUGCCGUCUUCCCAACUUCCCUAUUGGGACCGGACCAUGUCCCCCCAAAACCCAGAAGAGCUGCAGCUCCUCCAAAUCCGAAGGGAGGGUCCUUGCGAACGUCCUUCUUGGUGCUGCUGCGGAAAGUGCCGGCCGGCAGAUCCUAUUUGGGAACGGCUCUGCUGCCGAAAAACCGACGGGCCCUGCAUCACCGCUUCACCUUUGUUCGUGCAGCUCGUCCUGUCCGAACCCAUGCUGAAGUUCGUUCUCCUCUACAAAGAUCCCUUAUUGGAUGUGACGGAUGCUGGGCGUAAACCCUUUCGGCACUGCGCUUACGAGCAGUAUAUUCGCUGGCGCUUUGGCGAGGGUGACCUGGGUGCCCGGGCUGUGAUCCCCAAUUGUUGCCGGUGGAGAAUCAGAGAUGCCUUUCCAAGCGAGAAUGGGGAAUACCGCGGUUUUGGGAAGAAGAAGUAACCGUUGGUUGCACCUCUGUGUUACGGCGUUAAGGGUGGAUACGUGAAGGGUGUGCCAAUUAAUCAGCUUUGCCUCCUGCUUUUCAGAAAUUGCCUUUUGUGGCCCUGCCAUCUUCUUGGCUCUUUAAUUAGAUUAUUUUUAGACUAUUAGAUAAGGUCUGAGGUUAGUCUCAGCCAUGAAAAUCACCGGAAGGCUUUGUGCCUGGUUUCCCUUGCUCAGCCUUGCCUUCCUCACUUGGAUAUCAGGAGAGAGGCAGGAUUGGAAAAGUCAUUUAAAGGAGGCCAGAUUCAUGUUUAGGCAGCCAAACUACACACAAGCCUGUUUGUUUUUCCCAGAAACACAGCUGUGGUUUACAGGUGUGAAAGGACUCCCUUGCUAAUCCAGGUAGUUUUUGUUGGCUGAUCCCAACACAAAGCCACCUUUGUUUAAAAACCUCCCCUUGUUUAUUUU